ACUGCCCCACUCGUACCGCAUGAUAGAAAGAGUAUCAAAGUCUGAGCGGGAUCUCCGGCUCAAACAGUCCGAUACUGUCGGGCAAGUAGACUGUCAAAAUGAGGCCGCUCAUGUCUUCGGCAGCAGCCGUAGUUCUACUGUUUUGCGCAAAUUUUGCAUUCAGUGCUGAUCUUCAUGAGCACUCCAAGGUAGUUUGCUACUGGAAUUCAACGUCCUUCGAGCGCUCAGGUCCUGGUAAGUUGAAAGUAGAUGACCUUAAACCAGCUUUGUCACUGUGCACCCAUCUUAUCUACGGCUUCGCUGGCAUCAAACCCGAUACGUUCGAGGUAUCGUCUCUGAACCCAAACCUUGAUACCGGUGCCGGCUAUGGCCUCUACCGCCAAGUAACUCACCUCAAGCGUGAGUACCCUGAGCUUAAGGUCUAUCUUUCCAUCGGUGGCAAUGCUGAUCCUUACGAAGAAACUCACAAGUACCUCACCGUGACAGAAACAUCCGAAGCUCGAAACAAGUUCAUUCACUCGGUGAUCAGCUUCCUCGCUGAUUACGAAUUUGAUGGUGUCGAUCUUGCCUGGCAAUUCCCUGCCGUCAAAGUGAAGAAGAACCGCGGUACCUUCAGCUCGCUUUGGCAUGGUUUCAAGAAAAUUAUAAACUAUGGCAAGUUCAAGGACGAAAAGGAAAAGGAACACCGUGACGGCUUCACUAUUCUGGUUCGUGAUCUGAAGACUCAACUUCGCACCAAAAAUAAAGCUCUUACUCUCACGGUCUUACCUCACAUCAACUCCAGCAUUUACUAUGAUGCAAGGAAUAUAGUAUCCAAUCUUGAUGCCAUUCAUCUUUUUGCUUUUGAUGAAACUAAUCCAGAACGUUCGCCCAAAAAAGCUGAUUAUCCUGCACCCAUUUAUGAGAGUUAUGGUCGGGAACCAAGUGAUAAUGUGGAUGCUCAGACCAGGUACUGGUCAGAAAACGGUACGCCCGGCUCAAAAAUUGUCAUUGGCAUACCUACGUUCGCCCGAACCUGGAGACUAACUGAAGACAGUGAGAUCGCCGGAGUACCCCCAGUGACGGCUGAUGGCCCAGGGGCCGAGGGACCUCACACUGCCAUCCCCGGCUUGCUCUCUUACGCCGAGGUCUGCUCGCGGUUGACCGAGAGCUCGGUCGGUCGCCUCCGACGAGUCAAUGAUCCAUCCAAAAAGUACGGUGCCUAUGCCUACCAAGCCUACGACAAGAAGGCUGGAACUGACGGCAUUUGGGUUGGCUUCGAGGAUCCCGACACAGCCGGCAACAAGGCCCUUUAUGCCAAAGCCAAGGGUCUUGGUGGUGUAGCUAUUUAUGAACUCUCGCUUGAUGAUUUCCGUGGAAUUUGCAGUGGCGACAAGUACCCGAUCGUCAAGGGAGCUAAAUUCAAGCUGUAAAUUUUAAGGAGCGGAUAGAACUGUAAUAAAGUUUUUCGAUUAAUCAUCACUGAUGUUAUUUCUUAUUUGCUGUAUCGAGAAAAAUUAAAUAUAUCAUUACAUAAUCACGUUCCUGUAUGAAUUUAAGUUUGAAACAUCUUAAAAAAUCAUGUUGAUGUUAUACAUGACUCGACAUAAGAAGGCACUGUAGCUUUAGCUGAUUCGAAGAUAUUUAUAUUCCGAGCAAUUUAUAUUAUGUUCAAAGAUACACGUACAACUUUAUCAUAAUAAAUGUUACGGAAAUAUUUAAAAUAA